AUGCUGCAGCUGCUGCUCUUGGGGACGGAGCGCGUAGAGAUCCAGAGAGAGGACAGGAAGGAUUACGCGCUGCUAGUGCAGGGACCAGUGACAGUGCAGGACGGCCUGUUUGUCUCUGUGCCCUGCUCCUCCUCCUGCCCACAGGGUGGCUGGACUGGCUCUGACCCUGUUCAUAGCUACUGGUUCUGGGAAGGGGCCAAUACAAACUGGGACACUCUGGUAGCCACGAACAACCCAGACCAAAAAGUGCUGGAGGAAACUCAGGGCUGAUUCCACCUCCUUGGGGACCCCCACACCAACAACUGCUUUCUGAGCAUCAGAGAUGUCAGGAAGAGGGACACAGGGACACACUUCUUAAGGUCCCUGACCCACAUGCCUGACAUCCUCAUCCUGGGGACCCUGGAGUCUGCUCCCCACCCCAGGACUCUGACCUGCUCUGUGCCCUGGGCGUGUGAGUGGGAGAUGACCCCCAUCUUCUUCUGGAUGUUAGCUUCCCUCACCGCCCUCCUUCCCAGUACUGCCCACUCCUUGGAGAUCAUUCUCACCCCACGGCCCCAGGACCACAGCAGCAGCCUCAUCUGUCAGGUGACCUUGCCUGGGGUCCAUGUGACCACGACGAGGACCGUCCAUCUCAACAUCUCCUAUGCUCCACAGAACGUGGGCAUCAGCAUCUUCCAAGGAAACAGCACAGCUGCAGCCAACCCCACCUCGGGGGAGGAGCCGGAGCUCCAUUUCGCCUCCCUCAGCUUGCACUGGCGGAGGACCUGGGAGCCUAAGGACCGGGAGGCCACCAACAAGCAGCACAGAGUACCAGAGAUCAAGAUCCAAAAGCGACGAUCCUCCUGGAGGGCCCAGGGCUUCUCUUGGGAGGGAGACCUCAGGGAGGAUUCCUGA